AUGAGGAAUAUGACGCUUACAGAAAUGGAGCCAUUAAAAAUGCACUUAGACUCAUUAGAGAUGGCUGGAAAAAUGGUGGAUAAACAUAUUAUUGUAGACAGUAAUUUUCCAUCCUUAAUUAAUCUUAUGCGAUAUAAUGUCCAAGGUGGACCAACCGUUAGUGGUCUCGACGAUCAUGACUAUCCUAAUUUAAAUGGUGCAUCAAUGACUUUAACAAAUAUUAAUCAAAUGAAGAUACAUAGUAAAAUUCCUUUGCCUUCUGAAGUCAUGGAACACUUUGGUCAUAUGCAAUGUCAUUGUAUGAUGGGCCUUUUCACAGAGAUUUCAAAAGCAUGGCUUACAAUUGAUAGUGAUAUUUAUCUGUGGUCAUAUGAAAAUGAAUCUGAUGUUGCUUACUUUGAUGGAUUGAAUGAAACUAUUAUAAGCGUAGGUUUAGUAAAACCCAAGGCGGGAAUCUUCCAAAGCUAUGUGAAAUACUUGUUAAUUCUUACAACAACAGUAGAAAUAACUAUUCUUGGUGUUACAAUACCUGAUGCUGGAGGAGAAAUGCAGUUAGUUCCAGAACCGAUCUUUACUGUUACUACUGAUGGAAUAGGAAUCACUACAAUUGCUAAUACCAAUAGUGGUAGAAUAUUUCUUGGUGGUAGAAAUGGAUCACUAUUUGAAAUAUAUUAUCAGGCAGAGAGCAGCUGGUUUGGUAAACGAUGUAAAAAAGUUAAUCAUUCAGAAGGUCCAUUAUCAUUUCUAGUGCCGUCAUUUGUUACUAUGGCAUUGUCAGAGGAAGAAGCUAUAAUACAGAUAUCUGUGGAUGAUUCACGUAAUAUUUUAUAUACAUUAGGUGAUAGAGGCACAAUCACGGUUUGGGAUAUUGAUAAUGGUGGUGCGUCUAAAAUUACUUCAUUAUCUCAAGCUUCUUUGGUACAAAAUACUGUCCAUGUUGUUAAAACUCUGGAUAGUAACAAUUUUCGACCUCUUGUAAGCAUAUCAGCUAUAAUGGAAUCCGAAUCGGUACAUUUGAAUUUGGUCGUUGUUGCAGCAACAGGAACUCGUUUUUAUUUCAGUUGCACUUCAAUUUCAAAUCCAUCGAGUAGACCACAAGGGUUACAAUUGAUACAUGUUAGGCUACCACCAGGCUAUGCUGCAAAUGCUCCAGUAAUGAGACCACGAAAAGUACAAAUGGCCUAUUAUCGAAAGGGAACCCUCUUUCUUGUUUGCGGUGGUGAUACGGAAACCGCAUGGUGUUUAAGUAACGAUGCUUAUCCAUUCACAAAUUAUUUGGCUGAAACUCAGAGUAUUUUGCCUCUUGACAGUCCAGCUUGGGCUAUGGAGGAGAUCAUAAGAGAUUCGGCUAUACACAUAGAGAAGCAAAGCAGUGCUCAGGGUGAACCACCCCUAUUAGUGCGCCAACAUAUGGAACCACCAAGGAAAUUUAUAUUUUUAACAGCACAGGGAGCGAUAAUCUUAAUGCAAGUUCGUCCUGUAGAUAUAUUGAAACAACUUCUCUUAGAACAACGUGGUCCUGAUACUGAAGUAGUACGUGCAUAUUUUCAAACACAAUCCUUGGAACAAGCUUGCGCAACAUGCUUAAUUUUGGCGACACUUGAGAGUUCUCAAAAUGCUCAGUUAUCGGAAUGGGCAACUCGCGCAUUCUUUCUAUAUGGUGGUCAAAGAAUAGCAGGAAUAUGUCCUCCGAUUGAUAUACAUUCUGGUUUCCCUACCAUAAAUCCAGCAGAUUUACGCACGUCUACACCUAGAAUGCCAACCUUCGAUUCUAGAGUUCAAUCCUUUCGAUCGCCCACUCAAAUGGGACUUACUACAGAUAUUAGUUUGCAACAUUUCUCUGCUAAACAUAGCGGGUUGUAUUUAUAUGUAGGAAGAAUACUUCGUCCUAUAUGGAAUGUAAGAUGUAUAAAACAAGAAACAAUAAGUAAUAAAAGCGUGAUUUCCAGUACAGUACCAGCAACACAAAUUGCUUGGAUCUUAGGUCAUUUGCAAGCACUUAGAUCUUUCUUAAACAGAAAUACACAUAUCACAAAACCACAAAACACAAGCAGAGGUUUAACAGAUGGUUUUGAAACAACGAUGCAAAGUCACUUUCAAGAACCAAUUGUGGAAGAAAGAAACUCAUUGGAUGCUUUAAAAGUUUUCAUUACUCAUGCAUGUGAGGUUUUAGGUUUAUGGAAAAUAUUAUGCGAAAAUCAGCUAAAUAAUAUCGUCAACUGCCUAUCAAAAGAUCAAAUUACUCAAUUUUCUACAGCUACCUUCAGAGAUUUGAUUUUAAUAGGCCAUGAAAUAUCUUCUCUACUCAUCGUUCAUUUGAUUGAUAGUUAUCUUGGAGACAACGCGUCAGUGGAUUCCGUAAGUGUAAAAUUAAGAGAAGUGUGCCCCAAUUUAUAUAGAACUGAAGAUGCUGUUUGCUCCAAGGCAAACGAAAUUCUCCUAAAAGCAAAGGGGUGCACAAAUCCUGAGGAUAAAGAAUGUUAUCUUCAGUCCGCUUUAAUGCUUUGUAAAGAGGUGGCACCAAGAUUGAAUCUGAAUGCAGUGUGCCAACAAUUUGUCGCAUGCCAGUUUUACACAGGUGUACUUGAAUUGUGUAUUUGUUGUGCAGAAAGGAUAGAUCCUAAUAACGCUGCUUCACAUUAUUAUAAAAAUAAUGAACCUAUAGAGGAUCAAGAAGGAAAUCUUGCUUUUACGAAACGUUCAGAGAUUUAUAAGGAAUUUACCGCGAUGUUAGAUCACUUAUAUCACCAGAGUAUCUCUAAUCCUUUAACGCCAACUAUACCGAGCAAGCCAGGACCUCCUUUACAAACAGUAUUAAAUGCUGUUGUAAUACCGGCGAAAGAAAUUUUACAUGAUAUCAUAGAUGAUGCACUGCAUGCACCAUGUGAGACUCUUCAUUCCUCAAUUUAUACUUGGAUGAUAGAUAGAGGACUUCACGGUGAAUUAGUUGCCUUUGCUGCACCUUCACUAGAAACUUAUCUCAAUCGUGUCAAUGCGCUUGAAUUACUUUGGCAGUUUUAUGAAAGAAAUAAGAAUCAUGCUGCUGCAGCAAGGAUCUUGGAUUCUUUGGCUACCAAAGGAUCGGAAAUAUCACUCUCAAAAAGAAUCGAAUAUCUAGCACGUGCAGUUGUAUGUAUGCGAAGUCAUCAAACUGGAUGUGCUCCUCAUCUUGGAGUGUUCUUAUGCGAAUUAGAAGAUAAAUUAGAAGUAGCUAGAAUGCAACAACAGAUACUUGAGAUUAUCAGCAAUCAGCAAAACCUGUUCGAUUCGAUGAUAGUUACAGAUGCAAAAUUGAAAUUAAAUUCUUCAUUACUUGAUAUUACACCGUUAUAUCGAGAAUAUGCUGAGCCUUUACAACUUUGGGAAUGCAAACUAGCUAUUCUUCAUUGCUCGGGUCAUCAAGAUGACAUGUUAAUUAAAGGAAUUUGGACCAACAUAAUUGAUAAUGAAUUAGAAAAUAUAACGGAACCAUCGAAUGAGGAUAAAAUGACUAUUUUAAUGUGUAAAAUUAAAUCACUUGGUAAAGAAUAUAUUGGAUCACCGCAUUGUUUCCCAAUUGAUUUUUUAGUAAAACAAUUGGAAAUAAAAGCAUGUAAAUAUAAAGUAACUAAUACUAGUAUUAUAACUUCUUUCUUGGAAUUGGGAGUAGCAAUGGAAGAUCUUUUAGAUAUUUAUGAUAAAAUGAUUGGUACAAAUAUUCGUAUUUGGUUAAAUGAAGGUAACGAAUUUCACUUGAUCGAAUCAACAGCAAACUUGGUAAAUCAUUUCAUAAAAAAUAUGACUGUAACAAACAAUUUAGUCAGGAGAAAGAUUAUAACAAAAUGUCAAGAUGUUAUUUCGAAAUGUUUAACAACUCUCUUUAGUAAACCUAAUAGUGGAGAACUCGAAAGAGAAAUAACAAAUUUGCGCUCAAUUCAAAGUAUAUUGAAUCGUAUGUAA